AGAGCAACUGUGCUACUUUUAUUAUUGACAAUUAAUUUAUCACGCCAAAUUUCAAUAACCGUUACAGGAUGUGCAUCCAACCUCCGCCAUUUUGUAUUUAGACGGGUUGGAAGGAUUUGAACAGCCGGAACACUUCAAAUAGCAGAGAGCCAGACCAUGUCAUGUGCAUCCAUUCACAUCUACGAUUGACGACCAAUUUUGGUACAUCUAAAUGGCAUCGGUUGGGCCGUCACACCCAUUAUCCCACCUCUUUAAUCGGCAUCCCCACGUGAUCCGACCUUAUUGUGCUUGCAUAUCUUGUUUGUUUGUUACGUUGUGGAUUGGUUACGUUUCUAUAGGUGUGCUGUGGUCUGUCACAUAGCCGGCUUUGAAGCAAUACUAUACCAGUAGAGGACAGCUGGCCAAAAAGGGAACAACAACAACAAAUUGGCAAGACUGCCUUUGAACCGAGGGUAGCAUACUACUGUAGUAGCACAAGGCUCUUGUUUUGGUUUUGUGUUUGUGUUGGGGCACCUCUGUCACUCCUUCCUGCCACUGCGCACCUAUUCUUUGCAGCAAAGCAACAGAUUUAUUUCGAGAAGCCUACCGGUACAAGCGCGUACGUUUCUGUUGCUUUGUUCCUCCAACAAUCCACAUUCGACAAACUAGUACCACCCUACCCUACCAUUCCUUAUCCAGAGAAUCCUACAGCAAGAUGAUCUCGACCUCGCCUCUUUCUUAUCCAACCACUACAAGACGAAAGAGACACAUGAAUACCUCCACAGCCCAACCGCAUCCCCCUAGUACCCGUCUGCUGCUACCCACACUCUUUCUAUUCACUCUACUACUACUACUCCUGAUAUCACCGGGAGUAGAUGCGAGCAGAGGCUUUGGAGUACUAUUAAACCAACAUGUCCUCGACUACAUGAACACUGUGGCGCGUCUCCAGAAUGCCGCCAGCGAUCCCGAUUUGCCCAAUCGCAUUUCCGAAAUUGCCACCGAACUAGGAUUCAAUCGUCUCUCGUAUUACUGGGAAACACCCUUUGCAUCGACCGGUACGGAAAACUUUGCCCAAGCCGUAUUGGGACGCAAGGGAUCCGUCUGUUACGCUGUAAUGCACGGACUCCCGGUCGAAGACGAUUAUCGAUUUGUCCCCAAUCCCGUGCCACUGGCCAAUCUACAACGGUCCUGGCUGAACUGUAUUCCCGAUGAAACCAACGACAAUUGUCAAUGUCGAGCCCAUUGGUUGUGGGUCGACCGGAACUUUCCCGAAUACUGGCAAGAACUCCAGUCAGAGUUAGAUACCUGCAUGUCCAAUUGUCUGGCGCGAAAUGACGAUUGCAAUAUGGUAUUGGGAGGAUUUGGGGAAGGGGGUAUGGUCGCCCAGCUAUUGUCCUAUCAGUUUGCCAACACGGCUCAUAAUGCACCCUAUGUGAUUGCCACGGGAUCGAGCAAUGUGUUGUAUGAUGCCGAUUGUGAAGGAAUUGACCACAGCCGAUACUUUCGAUUUGUCAAUACCGCCGACACGACGACCGGCGAUGGCUCUGCCAACUACGGAUUGUGCUUUGACAGUAUCCCCUUUUUGGGGCAAGACUCCUUGGCAGACUUGGGGAAUACCAUUGGCUUGGGAAUGGAGCGAGGAAAUAAUGGCAUGGUACUGGGUCUUGGAGGCACCGGCCAGUUGAUGACAUUCGAACCGUCUGCGAGACGAUCCUCCUUGUGUCGCACAGCUCAUGAUUCCGAGAGUUAUCAAAGUAAACUGCAAUUGGCCUUUUUGCGCAAUCCUUCUGGACUUACACCCGCUGGAUUUGGAUCCAAUCAGUAUUGUGAAGUCGAUCGGGAUUGUCAGAGUGGAAACGUUUGUGCCGUUGGAACUGUAAGCUAUCCAGAAUGUUUGCUGGGACAAGCGCCAGGGACUCCUGCCCCAACACUGGCGACACCGCCUCCCACAACACCUCGUCCUACACCAGGCCCGACUUUACCUCCAACCACACCAGUUCCAACGCCCAAUCCAACACCAGGCCCUACUACUUUACCUCCGUCCACGGCAUUUCCAACCCCCAAUCCAACUGCAGCACCGACUUCAGCGCCACCAACCCCCAAUCCAACCACGCCUGCCCCUGUGCUGACUCUCAGUCCAAUCGCAAGGCCACCAUCACCCAUGCCCACUCGUAGGCCCACUUUGCCACCCUCCACGCCCAAUCCAACCGCACGCCCAACUUUACCACCCACAACUCCAAAUCCAACCGCACGCCCAACUUUACCACCCACAACUCCAGAGCCUUCUCCGGGGCCCACAUUGCCACCUACUACGCCCAAUCCAACAAUUCGAACCACCACGGCUGCUUCGGUGCUGCCCGCAGUCACACCCAAUCCAACCACCACAAAGCCCACCUCUAGUCCAAGCUCCUCCCCGUCAUCAAGUCCCCCCACCAGUACACCAACAACAGCAUCACCCGUUGCAAGUGACAGUACAGUCAAUACGCAAGAACCUUCACAAACUCCUACAGAAGAUAUCAUUACGUCUGCUCCAACGACAAUGUUGGAUGCCGAAGAGGUACUCAUCGAUAUCGACACCGAUGCUCCCACCAAAGCCAAUGAUGACACUGAAACCAACACACCAAGUCAACGCCCCAUACUGUCGUCACCUACUCAACAACCCACUUCCAACACAACUCCAUCUCCUUCCAUAUUGGUGUAUUCCAUCGAGAAUGACUUUUUCAGAGUGACAUUAGUCCUUAAAGAUGUCACAGAAAAGCUAGGCGGCUUUACCGUAUUCAUGUGGGAAGAUGAAACCUCGGAACAUCUACGAGAUUGGAUCUUGCAACACACGGUUGACGAGAACUGGGAUCCACCGCUGAUGCAACUUCGUGUCCAGGCAAAUAUUGUCACCCAGCAGCUCUUGUUCACGACUGCGCCAUUGGAACAAACAGCACCUCCCAAUGUGAUUUCAGCCAGCAUGGCCGCACCCAAGGAAAAGAAUGGUGACAAAAAACAAAAAGGCCGAGGUGGCAACAGUCGACGCACUCGUGGCCGUCGCGGACGUCGAAGGAUUCAGGAAGAGCGAGUGGAAGCCCUCCAAAUUGUCUUUGAAGUGGCCAUCUCGUAUCGCGCGCCUGAAGACGACAAUGGCGAACUGGACCUUUCUUCGUUGAUCUUGCAAGCCUUUCAGAGUGGAAAAGGUCGAAGCCAGUACGGCAAACGUCUCAAGGACAGCGAUGACCCCACUUUUGCUUCUCUGAGUGAUUUCGUGUUGCAAGUAGAAAGCAACAGCGUGCUGAAUCGUGUGGAGGGUCAAGGUGGCAACACUGCCGGAGGCGUACUGGACGAUCCUGUUCUAUUUUGGAUUAUCGUAGGUUCCGCCAGUUUUGCCGCUGUCAUGUCUGCGCUCAUUCUUGUUGUCUAUUGGAGACGUACAGGAAAAGGGCAAUACAUGGAAGGAUCAGCGAGCAGCGGGACAGGGUUUGGACCUCCAAAUCUUCUUGACAAGGCCAUCUUUGAACCAGCUCAAGGCGGGGAUAACCGCGUAAGCCCAAGUGGCGCUCGAUUGUCUCAAGAGAUUGUAGUUGACAGGAGUGGUCAAGAUGACGGAAUCAGCACACUAGGUGAUCCCACGUUCUACCCGGGUUCCCCAUUGAUGAACAAUGACGAGACCACAGCAGACAAUACUGCCAAUCUCAACUAUGCACGGAGUUACUUGAACAAUCACAAGUACGAUGACAACAAUAGAACAUUUGUGAGUGAUCAGCAAAGCCGCAGUCGCAAAGACACGGACCACUCAAUGAAUCGCAGCGUCACCUCGGGGUCCGGUCUUUCCUUUUCCAAAGUUGGAUCGGGUCUUUCCAACUUGAACGAAUCGGCGAUCUUUACCGAUGACGAAGGAUCGUUUGAAGAGCAAUUCGCCGGACGAGACCACUGUUUUGUGGUAGCUGCUCCACGAGGGAAACUGGGCAUCAUCAUUGACUUGAACGACGAUGGCGAGCCUUUGGUUCGGGCUAUUCGCGGUGACAGUGUCCUCGCCCGCAAGGUAAAAGUUGGUGACCGGUUACUGUCUGUCGACGGCGAGGGCUGUGCUGAUAUGUCGGCAGAAACAGUGUCAAAGCUGAUAGCGCUGAAGUCGAAUCAACCCAAGCGAGAAAUCAUGUUCGUCAGACGACAAUUUGACUACAUGUAGCUCAUAGAAAUCUAGUUUUGUAACCAUAGAAUAAAAUGCAUGCUUGUACAUGUAAGUAAAAACGUUACCUCGCACAACUCUGGGGCCUACAUUGCUACCUACAACCAACAAAGCCGACCCAGCAAGGCUCUGCCACGCACUACUGUAUUUAGUUCUCCUCUGCCACUUGAAAGUAAGUUUCAAACCUGUGCAAGGCUUGAAGGGUGGCUAGAAAGGAAACCAACUCGACCAUAUUCUCGGCUGUAACAGAGGAAGCUUCAAUGUCGUCAAUAAUGCUCUCCGUCAUGCGACUGGGAUUGUAAGAUAAAGCCUUUGCUGCUUUCAGUAGCAACGCUUUGUUGUUGUUGCUCUUGGAAUAUUUGUCUUCCACUU